UGCUGAAGAUAAACACUUUCUUCUCGUAACAAGGAUGAAAAAUAUUGCUGAAUUCGCUGUAUACGUGUCAAAAGCUGCAGGCGCCGGAAAGAAAAUAUUCCAGCUAUGCGAGAUUGACUGCUGGCACAGGCUACCAUGUGCAUGAUGGCGGCCCAGAUGUAACGUAUGGUUGCCGCGGCCGAGAAAGAGCCGGGAAGACGUUUCAUGUAUUGCGGCGCCCUUCGGAGACGCGUAAUUAUUGUUAUCCGCAAGCACGAGAUGAUAGCCUCCGUCGGCCGCCAGCGUUGACCCAAGGAGGCUCCACGACGAACCGCGAUGGCGGACUUUGUGAUGCUUCUAGCGCUCGCUGGAGCGAUGUUCCUCGGCAGCUACAUGAGUGGAAUGGUUCCGUUAUCGGUUCCUCUAACGGAGGCUCGGCUGCACUUGGUGUCUGUGUUCGGCGCCGGGCUACUAGUGGGCACGGCGCUUAGUGUCAUCAUCCCCGAAGGCAUCAGCACGUUGUACCUGACGCAGAUCAAGGAGCUGGUGCACGAAGCACAGACCGAGGCGCAGAACGGUCACAAGCUCGGCGACGCCACCCUGACCGCUGCCAGUGGAACGAGCCACCACGGCCACUCACACGAGGACGAGCUGCACGGCAAGCUCGAAGCGAUCGACCCCCGCAACCUGGUCGGCAUAACGCUGGUACUGGGCUUCCUCUUCAUGCUGCUCGUCGACCAGCUCAUCUCACAGCACAAGCAUCACAAGGCUCUGGCCAUGGCUGUUAGUGACCCUGAAGGAUCGAAUUCGGUGCACACGCAAGGGCGGAGCUUCACAGCCACCUUGGGCUUGGUGGUCCACGCCGCCGCCGAUGGCGUGGCGCUCGGGGCAGCGGCGACAACGUCAAACCUCGACACCGAGGCUGUCGUCUUCCUGGCAAUAAUGCUUCAUAAGGCACCGGCAGCGUUCGCCCUGGUGUCAUUCCUCAUGCACGAGACCGUGGAGCGCUCAACGAUCCGCAAGCACUUGCUCGUUUUCUCAUUGGCAGCGCCAUUACUAGCCGUCAUAACGUUCCUCGCAAUAAACAGGGGUGCCCCCCAGUCCAUGGCGUCGCAGAACGCAACAGGAGUGGCUCUGCUCUUCAGCGCCGGCACAUUCCUUUACGUGGCCACGGUGCACGUGCUUCCCGAACUGGUGGUGCGCCACACCACACACCAGGCGGACAACAGGGGACGCCUGAACACCCCGCCGAACGAGGGCUUCACCAGGACAGACGUGCUGGCCAUCGUCGUCGGCACGCUCUUGCCCAUGAUCCUCACGGUCGGACACCACGGUCACUAGUCGUCGUAAGCUAAUCGCCUCGUUAAAGUGCAUCCCGUGCUCAAAGUGACUCUGAUUGCCGGUUCGUCUAAUGUGGCAGAGGACGGACAAAGCCCGCUUUGAGACGAUCGGCGGAUCUCCUCGGUUUUUCGACCGGCAGUUGUCACCGACGGACCGAUGUUAAAAGACACCCGUUAUUUUUUACGGACACUGACCUAUUCUUUGUCGAUGAGGACGUGCGCGCUUCAACAAGCGUGGAACAGUGGCGUGUGUGACGAUAAUGUGCCGCUCAUGCGCAACAAUCCACAUCACCGCAGAUUCUUCGAGGAAGGACGAGUUUUUGUGGCAAAGUCGUCUGUUCCUCGCAAUAUGUCGCUUGUAAUUAUACAAUUGUGCAUUUUCGUGCGUAUUGCCCGGUUUUUGUUCUUUCCCAGAAUACUGGACGCCCGGUCACGGCUGUACAUUCCGAAGGAACGAUGCGCGGCCAGGAAAUCAAUCACCUUGUUUUCCGCAUUAUUUCUCGAUUGCGACGGUAUGUUCUCGUGAUAUUGCCGUUUCUUCCUCAAAAUACUUGCAUUGUAUGCAUUCAAUGCCAGUUCAAUGCAGACAAUAAAAGACACCUAUAAUAUCUUGUGUAUAAAAACAGGAUGGUUGCUCAUUGUAACAAGGUAUUCGUCAUUUGACAUUGCCUCGUCCACAUUUUCCGGCUACAAUGUGUAUGUGUGAAUCACCCAAUGGCAGCUACGUUUAGUUUUUGUACUGCUUAGAAUGUUAUAUCUGGGGCGAUUUUUUUAUCCCAAAGUUUAUUGGAACGUACCCCAUGUCUAAAUGAAGUAUAUUUACAAAGUAUGGAAGUGUACAACCUUGAAAAUUUUGUCUAAAACCAGAAAUAAAUGUACAAAUUGUCAAACAUUCCUCUUUUUAAUGCCUUAAGAUAACACAUCUCCUGUACUGCCACUAUGCCCAACACUGUUUGUGAAUGAAAACUUUCAAAUUUCAUUGGAGGAGCUUACAAACAAGCUUGUUCAUUAUACUUGUGAAAGAGAAUGUUUCUUUGACAUACGAGUUUCUUGUCCAUUUAAAUUUAUAUUCAGUGCGGUUAGUACGACAUAUUCAAUUUCACUGAAAUAAAUUUCUGCUUGGA